CGAGGGGAGGGGAGUCAUGGGAGGGGUUGUGAUGCGUCAAGGUUGAGGCUGUAUGCUCGUGUGAGGACCCGUCUCUGGCUCUCAAUUCAGGUCCACGGGUUGGAAGCGUCAAGAUUUGAAUGCUGGCAAUGAAGAGUCACGCUGUUGCUGUUUCACUGCUCCUUGCGAUCUUCUAUGUACUUCCCUGCACGACGCAGGUUCCAUACAUUCAAGGGAGUUGGAUAAUUACCUACAAGUUUGUGGAGUUGAAGGGAGAUCGUACGGUCAAGAAUGCAUGCAGGGGCCCAUUUCCAUACUAUUACACGUGGACCUUUGAUAUUUGUCAGAGCCCGGGGAGUGCGGUAUGUUUGUUGCAAUUGGUUAGGGAAGCUCCUUUCUAAGAUUGUUGGGACGCGACAGAAUUACAUUGCAGUGAUCAACGGAGCGGAGGUGGCUACUCCAAGAUACCGCAAGUUGAUCCAAGCUACUCCAGAUGCUAUUUCGCAAAACUGUAAAUACAGUCCAACGACCUACGGCCCUGCUGGUGUCACCCAGGAUUGGGCUCUCAAAUCUGCCCCAGGAUAUCCAAGCGAUAACAGCUGGCAAAACUGGAGACCUCGAGAUGUAAAUGGGAAAGAGACCGAACCGAUUACCUUCUCCAAUUUUCAAUUGCCCACACAAAGCCCGUUUCUUUGGGGAGACGUUUGCCACCAAUAUGAUUGGCAGGAUACUGUGAGCAAUAGUGCUGGAAUAUCGUCAUUCUACAGAAAUGCAUGGCGGCAUGAAAACGAUACAUGGAUUUUUAUUCAAGAUGCGUGCAACUGUAAGGGUGGAAAUGCAGGGGCACUGCAACGAAUAUGCGCUCUGACAAGUCAAGGUGGAUGCAACGAAAAGGUGGGCACCAUCACAUACAUCAGCAAUCCAACGUGUGUCGAAAAAGAAGGAAUCUCAAUCAAUGAGUGUCCAUACUCAAUUGCAGGAGUAUCAGGAGGCCCAGUUAUCUACCCAACAUCUGUAACUGGCUUACCGGAAAUUGAAGGGAGACCCGCGGUUUGUUUUAUGUACAGUCAAGUAUCUGGUGUACAGACAAAAACUGGUAACGAAGUUCAAAGCUCAUGCAACUUGAUCACCCGUGGAUCAGCUGCUAGCUCUUCACCUUCUAAGCAUCAUUCAUCGAGAUUCCCACUCACAUUAUGUACUCUAUCGGUUCUCACUGUUCUUGUCUGGUAUGCUGCGAACUAAUGAUCGCGUGCAAACAAUCAAGUAAAGUUCGCACGUUCACAAUCAUCCAACUGUUGAUAACUCGUAUCCUUGAAAUAGCAAUAAAACUAAAAUCGGCUG